CACAUACCGAGGCAGGACUUUCUAGCAAGACUGCAUUGUAGCAAGGAAACCGAGCAGAUCAACAUCCUGGCUGAGUUUGGGAUACUCACAGCAGUACUAUAGUCAGUAACUUCUCCAGUUCUUAGCAAAGGAACAGCUUGAUUGCAGAAACAUUCUCGAAGGAUUACUGAGCAGCUAGACGGCAUACAUGCUUUAGAUCUGAGCUCACCAGCUGGCUUGAAAAAGCUCUACUCGUCCUUUGAUCCCAGCUAGAGCAACAGAAAUACGGCCAUUCCUUCAGUCGGGGUUUAGUGUCCUAAAGAGAGAGAGAUCAGUGCCUCUGGAUGCACCAUGGUGGUGCAGAACAAUCUGGACACUGGGGAUGCUAGGAAAGGGAUCCCGCUGGAGCCAUUUAUCCACCAGGUUGGAGGCCACAUGAGCAUGCUCAAGUAUGAUGACCACACUGUCUGCAAGCCCCUGGUAUCCCAGGAGAGGUGGUUCUACGAGUCACUCCCUACAGCGAUGAAACGAUUCACACCUCAGUAUAAAGGUAUUAUUUCUGUGCGUCUCAAGAAGGACAGCAUGGGCAAUUUGAGCCUCAUAGCCUGCUCACAGACAGAUAACCACAACUCCUUGGAUAAUACCUCAAAGGAGUGUUCGAAGUCGAUAUGGCAGAAGCUCAACCAGGCAAACACCAGCAAUAGCGACCACACGUUUGUCAAAUGGAAUCAUGACUCACUCACAAACACCAUCCAGGACAGCUGCCAAGGAAAAGCCCUCUUGCAGACAGACCUCCAAUACCACAGAGAUGUGCCUGCGCUUAUGAAGGAUGCCAAUGGGAACCAGGCAGAAAAGAAAAACUUUAAUCCUUGGGGACUGCACUGCCACAAACAGCAUUUAAACCGCAUGUCUUCCAAGCAUAAUGAGAAUAAACCUCAUCAAUUUCUAUUGCUUGAAAAUGUGGUAUCCAAGUAUAAGUAUCCAUGCAUUUUGGAUUUAAAGAUGGGAACCAGGCAACAUGGUGAUGAUGCAUCAGAAGAGAAGAAAGCACGGCAAAUAAAGAAAUGUGAACAGAGUACAUCAGCAUCCCUUGGAGUCCGUAUUUGUGGCAUGCAGGUUUACCAGGCAGACACUUUCCAGUACCUCUGCAAAGAUAAGUACUAUGGACGGAAACUCUCACCUGAGGGCUUCAGGCAGGCCCUCUACCAGUUCCUUCACAAUGGAAAUCGUCUCCGAACAGACCUUGUGGAAUCCAUUGUGUCUCAGCUGAAGGCUCUGCUAUCUGUCAUCAAAAAACAGACUUCUUACCGAUUCUACUCCAGCUCACUUCUCAUAAAUUAUGAGGGACUAGAAAAGCCAAUGCCCUCAGACAAUCACCCUCAGGGGCACUGUCAAAAUACCAACUGCCCCGUUUCAUUUGGAAACAGCCAUCCUAAAGUUGAUGUCCGCAUGAUAGACUUUGCACAUACAACCUACAAGGGCUCACAGUAUGAUCAGACAGUCUAUGAUGGACCAGAUCAUGGCUAUAUUUUUGGUCUAGAAAACCUAAUAAAGAUUAUUCAGAGCAUCCCAGUGGGAGAAUGACAACUGCUGAACUGACAAGAGACUCUAUGGUUGUAAAAGGCAAAAACCUGCACACUGAGCCAAUAGUCGAAAGCCCCCUCCAAGUAACUGCAUCACAUGUACUGUUUGGGGAGGCUAAAGUAGAUGACUUGUGAAGAAAAGCUCAGAUGAUGCUACAUGCCACAGCAGAUUGGACAAUCCAUCAUAUCUGUGAUCUGUCAGAUUAUUUUCCUUUCUGGUUUUAAUGUUGUCCAUUGGUAUCAGGUAAGAGCUAGAAGAAAAUGCUACUUGAAAGGAAUUUUAGGAGACAAGGGUUUGUUCCUCAAGCACCAUUUAGACUUGCAAGGCCAACAGGGGCCAAGCAGAUACUGUGUUCAUGAGAAGAAUUAUGUAGCUAGGCUGGCAGGUCCUUAAAAACCUGCAACUUUACAUUUUAAUUCAUUCAGUUUGAUGGGCCAAGGACUUUCAGUUACACAAUCAGAUGACAACCAUCCUUCACAAGCUUGGUCACAAAAGACUGGCACUUCAAAAAUGCAACUGCCAAUUAAUUCUUUGAUCCUUUGUACACCAUGCCGGUGUGUGUGGUAAGAUAUUCUCCUGGAAAUGUACAUGUCAGUCAAAAGGAGUGAGUGCAAUAAAUGCCAAAAUCAGAAGCCGGCAGAUGUCAGCCAGCUCCUCCCAGAAUAAAGUAGGUCUUUGAUGGAAGAACUGGAAAAGGACUUGUUACACAGAAGGUUCUAAAUUUGUGAAAUGGCAGUCAUGAAGGGUUGACACCAUGGCAUUUUAUACUGGAGACAUUCUGUUUAAGGAAUGAGACAGAUAUGAGUGCACAGAUACCAGGGUGAGUGCCCAAGUCUCAUCUAAAAGUUUUAUAUUAUAUUCUGUGCAUGUAUAUAUGCGUGUGGGGAAGGAGGGGCUGCAUGCAUGAACAAAAGUCACAAAAACUUCACAAAAUGUUUACAAAUGGACUGUUGUAAGUAUGAAACCACCAAAUAGUAGAUUCCUUCCUAUGUCACAUGAAACCUGUUAGAAUGCUUUUAAAUAUAGAAUAGAGAUAUAAAGCCCAACAACAAAUGGGAUUGUCAAGCUGUAAAUAAAUUACAUAUGCUCUGUAAAAGA